AAAGUCUCCACCGACGUGAAAUCUUUCUCUCUCUCUCUCUUUCUUUUUGUCUCCGUCGUGUUGCUUUAAGUCUAUAUAUAUUUCCUUAUAACUAGAACUGAGAUCAUGUCUUUUCAAAAACACAAAUGGCGAACAAACCUGAUCAUCAUCACCACCGAUCUUCCAGGAGACUGAUGCUUGUAUUGUACUUCACUUGUGUUCUCGGGAUAGGAUUCGCCACAGCUUUUCUCUGUAUGCCUUUCACUAAAUCGCCAUCCUCCACCGUUUCUUCCAUCUGGGUACUUGAAAACCCACCGCAGAUUCAAGCUCCGAGCACCGCUUCCCGGAUUGUUCAGAAUAGAAGCAACAAGACGGAAGAUGAAGAACAUGUUAACGUCCGUUUACUAUCCGCCACAUUUGCCGAUUUUCCGGCGCCGGCGUUACAAUGGGAGCAAAUGCCGUCUGCUCCGGUUCCUCGACUCGACGGUUACUCCGUACAAAUCCAAAACCUUCUCUAUGUCUUCUCCGGCUACGGCAGUCUCGACUACGUUCAUUCUCAUGUGGAUGUGUUCAAUUUCACAGACAACAAAUGGUGUGACAGAUUCGACACUCCUAAUGAGAUGGCCAAUUCUCACCUCGGGAUCGUGACGGAUGGGCGAUAUGUGUAUGUGGUUUCAGGGCAGUUUGGUCCUCAAUGCAGAGGUCCCACUUCUCGUUCCUUUGUCUUGGACUCAUCCACUAAGACCUGGCUCCAGUUUCCUUCACUACCAGCUCCAAGGUACGCUCCAGCGACUCAGAUAUGGAGAGGGAGGCUUCAUGUGAUGGGAGGAAGCAAAGAGAAUCGCAACGCCGUUGCUUAUGAUCAUUGGAGCAUAGCUGUAAAAGACGGAAAAGCUCUUGACCAUUGGAGGGAAGAGGUUCCAAUCCCUCGAGGUGGACCACACAGGGCUUGUGUAGUUGCUAACGACAAGCUACUUGUGAUAGGUGGUCAAGAAGGUGACUUCAUGGCCAAACCUAACUCACCCAUCUUCAAAUGCUCACGUCGACGAGAGUUCUUUAAUGGUGAGGUGUACAUGAUGGAUGAGGAGAUGAAGUGGAAGAUGUUACCACCGAUGCCAAAGAACAAUUCCCACAUUGAAUCAGCGUGGAUCAUCGUCAAUAACUCGAUCGUUAUCGUUGGUGGGACCACGGAUUGGCAUCCAGUGACCAAAAGGCUUGUUCUUGUUGGAGAGAUCUUCCGGUUUCAGUUAGACACUUUGACGUGGUCUGUGAUCGGACGGUUACCGUACCGUGUCAAAACAGCUAUGGCUGGAUACUGGAACGGCUAUUUGUACUUCACGUCCGGGCAACGCGAUAGAGGACCGGACAAUCCACAGCCUGGGAAAGUUAUUGGAGAAAUGUGGAGAACUAAGUUGAAGUUUUGAUGUCAAUUGUUUUUGUUGUGUGCUUUUGUUAUUUGAAAGAUAUAAUAUUAGAGCUUUGGAGGAGAAACUCUUAUUCUGAUAUUUUAUAAAAUUACUUAAUGUAGAGAGUUAUUAACACUCAGAGACAGAUAUGUGAUGUAGAACUGUUUUGCCGGAUGAAAACAGAUAUGUUGAAUCA